AUGCUGAUUCCUUCCCUCUGGUACGGAGUUCUUCGUCACGGUUGGGGUUUUCGAUUAGGGCUGUCGCCUUCAGCGGGGUACUUCGACGGCAGAGGACAACAUAUUGGGGUUUUGAUUGGUCCAUCAGUAGCUCUUGCUGUGGAAAGGAGCUCCCGGCAGCAAGCUUGCCUGCCUGAUUGUUGGACUGUGUCAGCCAUGAAUCAAGUAGAGAGUUCAGUCAGUGAAUUUCUGACACCGAGAAGUGCACGUGACGUGAAGCGGAAGAGCAAGAAGAGGCGCAAGGCACAACCUGAUGAUGGUGAUGAUGUCUGUGCGAUUUGUGACGAUGGUGGCUAUGUAACUUGUUGUGAUGGUGGGUGUCUGAGAUCUUUCCACCUAACUGAAGAACAUGGUGAGGGUUCAAAGUGCCCAUCCCUUGAGAUUAAUAGUGAAGAAGCAAAGAUGAUAAUUGAUAAGAAAGACUUCAUAUGCAAGAACUGCAAGUAUAAGAAACAUCAAUGUUCUUCCUGUGGAUUAUUGGGGUCUUCAGACUUGUCAUCGGGAGCUGAGGUAUUCCAAUGUAAGGACUAUACCUGUGGGCAUUUUUACCACCCUAACUGUGUUUCCAAAAUGCUGUACCCUGAUGACAAACUCCGGGCCUGCCAUUUUGAGCAGUAUGUUGCUGCUGGACUGAAGUUCCUCUGUCAUGUCCAUAAAUGUAGUGUCUGUCAUGGAGCAGAGAAGAGGGAUGAUAAGAAUAUGCAAUUUGCAGUAUGCAGACUCUGCCCAAUUACAUAUCACCGGAAAUGUUUACCCAGUGAUAUCCCUUUUGAAGCAAAGGAAGGUCCAAAUGGUUACAUUUUUCAAAGGGCAUGGGAUGGCAUUCUUCGUGAUAGGAUUCUGAUAUACUGCAUGAAGCAUGAGAUAGUAAAAGAGCUAGAAAUUCCCAGGAGGAAACUUAUCAUCUUUCCCGAUGACAAAAAUCUUUGUGUGCCAAAAGGUCCUGAAAGUGCACCCAUGGAACAAGAUACACUGGCUGAAGAAGAGCUGCUUGACCACCCAUCAUCUGAACCAUCUCAGUCUCUGCCAUCUGCAGCUGCCCAGAAUCAAUGUUUCUGCUCCAAUCCUAUGGACUCAUUUGCACCAAAAUCUUUGUUUCCACAUCCAUACCCAGAUCAGGCAGGAAUUGCUUAG